AUGGUGGAUGAAAAAGACGAUGCGCCGCUCAACAGCCACUCGAAUGAGGCAAAUGCAAAUCAGCAGAGUGAAGGGCAAGUGAAAGAUGCUGAAAAGCAGCCAGAGCAUCAACACAAGCUGAAAGAUAAGAUGACAAGGAAGCAAGAGAAAUUGCGACUGAAGGCCAAUCCACCCGGGGGGUUCGAUGCAACCCCGAUUCCCUCUGCGCCAGAUGGCUACACCAUCAGGUUCACCUUUCACCGCGCGAAGAACCUCCCAGUUUCCGAUCUGAACUCCCGCUCGUCAGAUCCGUACAUCCAAGCUACCUUGACCUCGAGUUUGGUGAAGAGGCACAAGGAAGACCCUGAUUUGGUUAUAAGGACACCGACCAUACAUAAAAACACAGAUCCAGUGUGGGAUACGGAAUGGAUAGUGGCAGGUAUACCUUCGAGCGGCUUCCGCUUAAAGUGCAGGCUGUACGACGAGGAUUCUUCCGAUCACGACGAUCGCUUGGGAAAUGUCACGGUCUAUGUCAAUCGCAUUGGCCCAGAUUGGCAAGGGAUAAGUGACGAGAGCUUUGAUAUCAAGAAGCGCAUGGCGAGCAAGCGGGCAUACAUGAUUCGGAGUUGUGCUGUAAUGCUCAGCAGUGUGAAGAUGAGCGGGAACCUUUGGCUCAGUGCCGAGUUACUUGGAGAAUCAGACAAGCCACAUGGGCGCAUGUAUACGGUAGGACUAACAUCCUGGGUAAAGCAUUACUCUCCCAUGAUUGGGAGAAUUGCAGGCACAAAAGCUCCUGGGAGUUCAAAAGGACAGCCUCAAGGCUCCGAAGAAAAUAAACCCAGAACAGAAAAAUACGACUUCCAAGCGAAUCAGUUCCAACUAGAAGGUCCAGUACCAGCAGACCUAUACCACCGUUUCGUCGAGUUUAAACCGUUUGUGAAAGGCAUGUUUUCGAAAGCUGGACUACGAGGACGCGUUCUGAAUCAUGCCCUCCACCACCAACAUGCCUCUGUUUAUAACUUCAGUAAUACUACUGAAUAUGGGACCGUGCGGCCUAGAUCCGAAGAAGCCGCCCUUCAAUUUUUGAAAAUGGUUCAUUUUGAUGAAGGCGGUCGCAUCUUCACCUACGUAUUGACGCUGGAUGGCCUGCUUCGCUUCACGGAAACUGGCAAAGAGUUUGGAAUUGACCUGUUAUCCAAACAUACCAUGCACAGCGAUGUAAACAUCUAUAUCGCUUGCUCAGGUGAAUUUUUCGUCCGACGUCUUCAGCAUCCCGAGAAAUCCGCGACCUCUCCAGACCAAGAAACGCAUCCUAAUUCCGAUAUCCCUGGUGGUCCGCCAGACUCUCCACCACCAAAAAAUCCUCGAAGCUACGAGCUAGUGAUAGAUAAUGACAGUGGCACCUACAGACCCAAAGGGUCCGUCCUGCCUCUGCUGAAAGAAUUCCUUGAAAGGAACUUUCCAGGUCUCCAUAUCAUCACAAAAGAAUGCACAGACGACGAAUUGACGAAGAUGAAAGAGGAGCAGAGGGAGAGGAAGAAGAAGGAGGGACAGAAUAUUCACAUGGUGCAGAAUAGUGAUGAUGAGAUCAGCAGUAGUGAUGAGGAGGCGCUGGAUAGACACGAGAAGAAGUCGAAGAGAACAAGAGCCCUGGAUGCUCUUGAGGAUCCAAAGAAGGCCGCUAAAGACCUCAUGCCUGUGAAUCGUGGAAAGAAAGAGAGGGAGGAGAGGGAGACUGAGGGGGAUAAGCCUGAGAGAGAGACUGGAACUAGCUCGUAG